GUUGUUAAAGAUGGAUAUCAAUGGAGGAAAUAUGGCCAGAAGGUUACUAAAGAUAAUCCUUCCCCUCGAGCUUAUUUCAGGUGUUCCAUGGCUUCUUCUGGAUGUUCUGUGAAAAAGAAGGUUCAGCGAUGCAGGGAGGACGAGUCAAUUCUUGUAGCAACUUACGAAGGAGAACACAACCAUGAAGCUCAAUCUUCAUUUGGUAAAUCUUUCUCUUUAUCCGCCGAAAGCUCAGCCGCCGAGAGCUCAAUGAGCAUUUUUCAUUCUCCACUACCAACUCCAACACCAAAAUCAAAUCCUUACGGAUCAGCUGUCACUCUUGAUCUUACUCUUUCUGGUUCAGAUACUCAACAAAAUAAAAGACCAUCAUCUCACAACUUUACAAAGCAAGAUAUUGUUAGCAACAAGAAGACGAAGAUUGAAGAAUCCGUGGCAUCCAUAACUAAAGAUCCAAACUUCACCAUAGCUUUAGCUGCAGCAGUAGCAACUUCCUGCCUAAACCAACAAUAUUAA